CCAUCACGUUGAACACACCCUGGUUUAUUUUUCUCAUUUUCAACACACAGGGUAAAAAGAGACAUGUCGUGUUCACACAUCACACAACCAUUAGUCAAGGCAAAUUCUCAUAUGAAGAGUGUCAGUGUGUGUAGGCCUGCAAACAUGUAAUUAAGGCAAACUUUAGGAGGACAUAUAAGUCAGCAACAAUUUCUCCUUUUAUUUAGAACGUUUAUAAAUGCAUAAUGUGUAUGAUUCAAUUGCAUUUUCCAACCACCCUCCUCUUUAACUCUAUCUCCAUCUUCAAUUCCCUCUUCUUAAAUUGUCCCCUCCUCUCAAAACACCUUCCACAUGGGAGAAACUAAAGAAGUGCAACUCUCCCCUGAGACUUGUUUCACCAUCCACAUGGGAGAACCUCAAGAAGUGCAACUAACCAAAAUUGCUACUGGAGCCAAAGAAGAAAAUUCCUUAGAAGACAAUAGUUUUGGUGGUCCGAUGAAUGAAUCAACAAUGAGUAAGAAAAAAAGAUAUUACCGUUGGCUCAGAAUAUCCAUCCAUUCUUCACUUGUGUUGGUGUGCGGAUCAGCAGCAAUACUCCUUGGAAGAUUGUACUAUGAAAAGGGUGGAAAAAGCAAGUGGAUGGGAACACUUGUUCAACUUGCUGGUUUCCCUAUUCAGCUUCCUUUUCACUUCAUUUCAGCACCCAAAAAUCUCACCACAAAUAGUAGCAUUCAUCCAAAACAAUCAUCUGCUUCAAUACUAGCAUUUAUCUAUGUCUCAAUUGGCCUACUUUUGGCAUUAGAUUGUUAUUUAUAUUCAGUUGGUCUAUGGUACCUUCCUGUAUCUACCUAUUCACUCAUUUGCUCAUCACAGUUGGCCUUCAAUGCUUUCUUCUCCUACUUCCUCAACUCACUCAAGUUCACACCAUACAUAAUCAACUCUCUAGUCCUUCUCACCAUUUCCGCCACCCUCCUUGUGUUUCAAAAUGAGUCAUCAUCAUCAGAUGAUGAUGAUUCAGAUUCCACACAAGUCUCCAAGAAAAAGUAUGUGAUUGGAUUCAUAUGCACAGUUGGUGCAUCUGCAGGGUAUGGACUAUGGCUUUCCCUCACACAGCUUGUGUUCAAGAAGGUCAUAAAAAGAGAAACAUUCAAAGUGGUCUUGGAUAUGAUAUUAUACACUUCCCUUGUGGCUACCCUUGCUACCUUAGUGGGACUUUUUGCUAGUGGAGAGUGGAGUGGUUUGAAGAAUGAAAUGAAGGAGUAUGAGUUGGGGAAGGCUUCAUAUUUGCUGAACCUCACUUUCACAGCCAUACUUUGGCAAGUCUUCACCAUUGGUUGUUUGGGGCUUAUUCGUGAGGUUUCUUCCCUCUUCUCUAAUGCCAUAAGCGCUUUGGGAGUGCCUAUUGUUCCAAUGCUGGCAGUGGUAUUCUUUCAUGACAAAAUGGAUGGCAUUAAGGGUAUCUCUAUGGUGCUAGCUAUUUGGGGCAUUAUUUCAUAUGUGUAUCAACAGUAUCUGGAUGAUUCCAAGUCAGAAAACAGAAACACUAGUCAUGUUCCAAAAGCUUCUUCACCUAUAGAAGAGGUUCAUAGAUGAGUUAGGUAGACUUUUAAGUCAUCAAUUUGAGACUUAUAACUAUCCCUGUUUGCAUUACAAAUGUACAACACUUUUUACACACAUGCUUAUGUUAUAUAUUAAUAUUAGUAAUUCAAUUUUUAGCAUCAA